GGUGUCUGUAAGUCACCAGCAAUGUCACUGAUGCUUCAUCUAUGCCCAAGCAAAACAUACCAGAACUGAAAUCUGAAUGCACCUUGGUCCUAUCGAAGUCAGUGCUCACUGCAGUGCCUGAUGCUGUCCCCACUGCUGAUCACGGGACAGCGGUCCCUGACCGGCGUGCUGGGGUGGGGGACACCCCUGUCUCCCCUGCACCGGCGGUACUGCCCUCCGACCACAACACAUUUUCCUGGCAAAGCCUAUCGGAGCCAAGAGAACGAAGGGGCGCCUGGUUCACUCCGGGGGGCUGGAAAUCUGCUUCUUGGACACCGGUUUCCAGAGACGCAGUGUCAUCAUCCCCUUUUCCCCAGGGCGGAGGAGGCAGAGGGAGCGGCGGUGGCUGCCGUCGGGGCACCCGGAGAAGCAGUGCUCCGGCGUGCUGUCCGGCCGAGCGCAGGCUGCCGGUGUCUGUGCCCCGGGGAGCGCCGUGCUCGCCACACGGGAGCCGCUCCAGCACCUCGGAGAGCUCCCGGGGCCGGGCCGCGCCUGCCGGCGCCGCCUCCCCCGUCCCGGAGGGGCCGCAAUUGCAGCGGCAGGCACUGCUCCUGGCAGCUGGCUCUCCGGGCGUUGCUUCAAAUCGAGCUCCUUCGUUUUGUUUCGGAACUGGCAUGGGUUUAAGCUCGCAUUAG